UUAAAUACGACUCUGUUGGUAUUCAGCGUUGCGGCGGCAUUUACUUCAAAAUUUUCUUCAUAUUAUUUGUCAACUGAACUUUUUAAACGAAACGAGCGUAUUGCGCCGGCAAUAAUUUUUGGAUUAAAGCAAGAAAUUCGUAUAAAAUUCCUUCAUAAGACACUAUUCGAAAACAACAAAUUGGAUUCUCCAUAUUCUAAAGUAAUUUUCAUCUUCCUUUUAUGUCUUUUAAACUACAACAACAAUAAAAUGGCUAACUAUGAAAAGGAAUGUAAAGAAAUGCAAUUUCUGACGCACAAGUAUGUUGGUGAGAUCACCAAGAUAUGGGAGCAACUAUUCGAACAGGAUGUGUGUCGAGAAAACUUGCGCAAAUUGGUAGAGCAUGCCAAUAAUUUCUACAAGGAAUUGGUCGAGGAAUCGUUGACGAGAAAAUCCUAUAUCGAAGGAGAAAUUAAUGACUUGAAAAGGGAGGCGGAAAAUCUAAAAAGAUUGCUCAAUGUGGAUGUUGAGUUGCCAACGUAUGACAUGGAAAAUGUGCCAUUGCUGCGGGUGCAAUCGGAGUUGGAUAAAAGCUUGGAGGAUUUGCGAGAGCAGUUGAGACUGCGAAAAGACCAAAUAUGUGAAUUGUUGUUGGAGCAGGAAGCCUUGUGUGAGGAGCUAGGUGAACCACCACGUGCGCUUUUAGCAGAUCCUUUGCCCACGGCGGAAGAAAUUGAAGAAUUUAGACAACAUCUUGAGAGGCUGAGGGAGGAACGAUCCGAGCGUUUAAAUCGAGUGUCCACAAUGCGUAGGGAUAUUAAGAAUUUUCUACAAAUUUUGGAUUUACAAGUUAAUACUGAAACGGAGGAUCGUUUGCUCAAUCAUCGUGAAAUUCCAAUGAAUAAGGAAACCUUCAAUGGCCUGAAGAGAAUGUACGACACCUUUGGAUCACAAGUGCAGGAGUUACGAGAGACCAUAGAUGGUAUGCGUAAUAAAAUUAGUACUCUUUGGGAUCGUCUGCAAACCUCGCCAAAUACACGCCACAAAUUUAAUCGUUACAAGGACUACAACCAGCAUACCUACGAUGUAUUCUACAGUGAACUGCAACGCUGUGAACAACUGAAGAGCCAGAACAUCAAACUGUAUGUCCAGCAGAUACGAGAUGAAAUUAGUGUCUGGUGGGACAAGUGUUUGAAGAGUGACAAACAGAGAGAACGAUUUUCGGCGUUUACCUCCAGUUGUUACACUGAUGACUUGUUGGACUUGCACGAACUGGAACUGGCCGACUGCAAACACCAUUAUGAGACCAAUAAACAGAUUUAUGAUUUGUUUGCAGAUCGUAAUAUUUUGUGGGAUCGGAUGGCAGCUUUAGAGGCAAAGGCCUCGGAGCCGGGACGUUAUAAUAACAGAGGUGGCCAGUUGCUGAAAGAAGAAAAAGAACGUAAAACAAUUGCCACUAAGCUACCUAAGAUUGAACAACAAAUCAGCGAUUUAGUUAGGGAAUAUGAGGAAAGAGAACACUCACCAUUCCUGGUUUAUGGUGAAAAUAUCAUUGAAUAUAUGGCUAAGCAAUGGGAUAGAAAACGCAAGGAUAAAGAACAAUUGCAGUCGGCACGUAAAAACGCCUCCAAGACGCCAGGUCCAUCGGCGACGAAGACAAAUACCACUAUGCGUACACCUAUGUCCUUGAAAAAUGCCACAUCCAUGUCGAGUUUGAGAAAAACGCCCUCCACAACUAAUCUCAGCUCACAGCCGGCAUUGUCUGCGCAAAAGCGAAGACUUCCCACGGAUCGUGCUACGCCCAUGGCCAAACGAAGUCUAAUGCAAGCUUUGAAUAGUCCCAGUGUUUUUCUCAAGCCCUCCACAACAAAAAACACGGGACAGCAGAGUAAACUGCUGGGGUCCGCAUCAAAAGUCUCCACAUUCAAAUCACCAAUGAAGAAAACGAAAAUAAUUGGAACUACCAUCAGGCGACGCAGUGGUCGUCAAAGUAAUGGCUUGAAGAAACGUAGAUCCAUCAAUAAAAAUAGUUCAAUGACGAAAAACGUUCCUCGCAUUGUGGUGCAGGAAUGUCAUUCAUCUGAUGGCUACACCACGGAUUACAAUGGCGACGAUACAUAUGAUUCUUUCCAAAAAUGCAUAGAACCAGCAUCUAGAUCAUCAAUUAUUCAAGGCAUUGGUCAUCAUUCAUCGAGCAGCAGCAGUAGCAACACAACCAGGACACGACGUAUGCAACAAGUGGUAAUGGAUGAAAAUGCCCGUUUGGCAAAGCUGCCGAGACCACGACCACCACCAAGUCGUACGCCGUCCAAACAGAAUGCCACACAUCAUGGCAGUAUCACAAAUUUGGCAAGAACACCAACAAACACGCAUCAUCAUUCGCCCGUAUCAUGUUCGACGGGUCGUAAGUUGACAACAAAAAAUUUACCCAUUAUAAUUUAAGUUGACAAAUUAAUUAGUAAUUUCAGUCCCAAGGUUUGUUUCCAGAAGAACAAGAAGAAUAAUGCAAAUCAAAUUCUCUUAGGUUUUUAAAAUUUACGAAAAAUCAAUUUUCAAUGGAUGAAAUUAAUAAUUUACUACAUGCUCAAUACGAAUAAUUUGCCAUUGCCUCAAAGAGGCCAAAUGCUGCCCUUCGUUCUUCUGGAAAUUGACUUAUUUAUUCCGUUUUGUUUUUUAUUUGGUGUUAGGUUUCUUAUUCUAUGUUGGUUUUGUUUUAAUUCAUAAUAAUGACACUUGUAAUAUGUACAACGGCAUGAUUUUGAAGAAAGAAAUAGUGUGGACCAGAGCUUAAAUGCUGUUUGAAAGUUUAUUCCAAAACAACAUAAUUUCGUUUAUAUCUGGCAAAAUAGGUAUUUAUAUCCUUUGCCAUUAAAUUACUGAAAGUAUAUAUUAAUUUUGCCACUUUUCAUGACUACAGCAGUAUGAAUUGAUCUUCAGAACUAUAUAUGUGAAAUUUCUUAUUGAGCUUUUAGCUUUUCAAAUUAAAAAACUUAAUGCCAUUUCUCGUUUUAAAUGGAAAAACGUGUUCACCACUAGAAAUCUUCAAAAUCGAUGUAAAACUACAAAUUUUCCUUUGUAAUUGGAAAUAAUUUUUUAACUUGUAAUUUGAGGAUUCUGCUUUAUAUGCAUAACAUCAAUUUUAA